CWCCCUCCCCWACAGGCUAAGUCACUGGGGGAGCACGAGUGGCGCUCUCAGCAGCUAGGCAUCCUGGGUAGCCACCCSUUUGAGAGUGAGAUGUCUGACAUGUCGGACAUUGAUGACGAUGACCGGGAGACCAUGUUCAGCUCCAUGGACCUGCUGUCCCCCGGCGGUCACUCAGACGCACAGACCCUAGCCAUGAUGCUGCAGGAGCAACUGGACGCCAUUAACAAAGAGAUACGACUGAUCCAGGAGGAGAAGGAGUCGACAGAGCUGCGGGCGGAGGAGAUAGAGAACCGUGUGGCCAGCGUCAGCCUGGAGGGUCUCAACCUGGCCCGUAUGCACCACCCCGGAGCCUCCAUCACCGCCUCGGCCACCGCCUCCUCCCUGGCCUCUUCCUCCCCGCCCAGCGGACACUCCACCCCCAAGUUGGACCACCGCAGCACCGCAGACAUGGAGCGCAUGGGUAUCAUGACACUGCCCAGUGAUCUGAGGAAACACAGGAGAAAGAUUGCGGCCACAGACGAUGACGGCCAGGACAAGGCUACCAUCAAGUGUGAGACGUCCCCUCCCCCCACGCCCCGGACCGUACGCAUGACCCGCACACUGCCAGCCUCCUCACACAACGAGGCCCGAGGCAUUGCUGCCAGCCUGGAGGCAGAGGCCAGUGCUCUGAGCAGCGUAGCCAGCAGUCAGGACUCCAUCAACAAGCAACCCAAGAAGAAGGGCAUCAAGUCCUCCAUCGGACGCCUGUUUGGCAAGAAGGAGAAGACCAGACUGGCACAGCUGCAUGCCCACAGGGAGGCCAUCGGGCAGAGCCAAGAGGACAUGGCUGUGGGGAAGCUGGGGACUCAGGCUGAGAAAGACCGCCGGCUGAAAAAGAAGCAUGAGCUGUUGGAAGAGGCGAGGAGGAAAGGCUUACCUUUCGCCCAAUGGGACGGCCCCACAGUGGUGGCCUGGCUGGAGUUGUGGCUGGGGAUGCCCGCCUGGUACGUGGCGGCAUGUCGUGCCAACGUGAAGAGCGGUGCCAUCAUGUCUGCCCUGUCGGACACAGAGAUCCAGAGGGAGAUUGGCAUCAGUAACCCCCUGCACCGCCUCAAACUACGCCUGGCCAUCCAGGAGAUGGUCUCCCUCACCAGUCCAUCUGCCCCGCCAACCUCCAGAACCAGGUCCGGGGAGUCCGAGGAGGGGAGCUGGGCGCAGACUCUAGCGUAUGGUGACAUGAACCAUGAGUGGAUAGGGAACGAGUGGUUGCCCAGUCUAGGACUACCUCAGUACCGCAGCUACUUCAUGGAGUGCCUGGUGGACGCCCGCAUGCUGGACCACCUCACCAAGAAGGACCUCCGGGUGCAUCUCAAAAUGGUGGACAGCUUUCACAGGACGAGUUUGCAGUAUGGUAUCAUGGGUCUGAAGAAGCUCAACUAUGACAGGAAAGAGCUGGAGAGACGCAGAGAGCACAGCCAGCAUGAAAUGAGAGACGUGCUGGUGUGGAGCAACGAGCGGGUGAUUCGCUGGGUCCAGAGCAUCGGUCUAAAGGACUAUGCCAACAUCCUGCUGGAGAGCGGCGUGCACGGGGCCCUGGUCGCCCUCGACGACAACUUUGACCACACCAGCCUGGCGCUGCUCAUCCAGAUCCCCAACCAAAGCACUCAGGCACGUCAGAUUCUGGAGAGGGAAUAUAAUAACCUGCUAGCCCUGGGCACUGAGAGACGACUGGACGAGUAUGAAGAUAAUGAUCUCCGGGGGCCAUCGUGGAGGAGGCAGUUCCCCUCGCGGGACGUCCAUGGGAUCAGUAUGAUGCCCGGCUCGGCAGAGACCCUCCCCGCAGGCUUCCGCGUCACCACCGGCUCACACUCCCGUAGGCUACCCCCCGAAGUUGGCCCUUUAGCAGUGCAGCGUCUGGACAGCUCUACAGUGAGGACCUACUCCUGCUGAGGGAGGAGAAGAGAGACUGUAAGCUGUCCAGAUACUGUAUGUAGAGAAGGUCUUACUGUACCUUGGAGCUGCUGGACGGGUCAUCCUGCCUGGAACAAACAUUCUGACGAGACGCACUGCCAAGAAGCACCCCCCUACCUACCCUCCCACCCAAGUCAAGGCCCCCUGAAACCUGGGCAGCAGCUGCCGGUGCUACUUUCCUUCUGUCUGUCCUGUUGUCACCGUUUCUACCUUUUACAUGUACAAUAACUUGUUGAAGCAUAAUGUACUGUGUAUUUCUUCUACCAGGAGAUGUGUAGGUUAUCUGUAAAUUAAUAUAAAUAUGAGGUUUUUUAAAUAUAUAUAUAUAAAUAUAUACACAUCUAUAUUACAAAAAAGAAAAGAUAUUCAGAGUUUGUGCAAAUAAACCCCCCCCCCCUUCCCAUUUCAAGUCCAUGACCUUGGUUAAACUAUGCUGCUCUCUGAACAUUUCUCCAUCAUUCCCUGAGAGACCAUUUUGUACAUAGUUAUUUUCCAUUGUGCAGAUAAACUGUGUUUUCACCUUGGAGAGACUGUCCAUCUGGUCGCCAUGUGACCCCCCCUCCCCCCAGCUGGUAAAGCCUGCUCUCUAGUGGCGUGUACAGCCCAUGUAUCUGAGUCACCAUCCACCAGCCCCUCACCUCACAAUCAUGACUGAGCCCAUCUCAUAGCAAAGCAUUCUGGGAGGAGGACACAAACGCACUGUGACAUCUACUGAUGAUGUGACAAGCACUUUGAUACAACCACAGAAAAUCUGGACUACAGCCACAGACUAAAAGAUAGACUCCUCUGUAGCUACUGAGCUCAGAGAUCAACUAACAGCAGGAACACUCUUCAUCAGAUGAUCUCACUCACCUACAGUACCUUGACCAUAAACCCCUACAUGAAGAAACUCAAGCUGGACUUUUUUUAUUUUGCCGUGYGYURRGACUCAGCAUCGCUGAGAAAUAACUGAAAGACAGACUGCUUAACUCAGUGUGCGUAGAGUGUAUAUGAACAUGUCGAAGUGAGGUGAAUUUUAAUGACAAACCUGUUGCUUGCUGUGACAUUGGUGUAACUGUUAACUCUUUGUUUUUGUCUGAGUUGCCAGGGAAACCUAUUGUACAGCCCUCCUACCUGUCUUUGAGUUAUUUCUGCUGGAGUACUCGAUCAAGUUUGACUUUUUUGUUGACUUUUACAUCCUCGAUUUGCACAAACAAAGAAUCAUUUUAUUUUGUGUCCAUUUUUUAUUCAUUACUAAUUGUAUUUUGGUCAACGAAGUGGUGAUCAAACAAAUUUUCAUUGCCAAUAAAAAAAUACUGUCAGUGA